CAAAUCUUUUGUGGGCAAGAUAGUACGUGCUCGGGUAAACAUCAACAUUGAAAGUUGGAAACAUGUCCCCGAAUCCCUAAAACUGCAGAUGUGGAAAGAGAUCCAGGAUGAGUAUUUUGUUGAUGACACCAUGUACAAGUUGACCAUAAAAAAGAUGGGAAAGUUACACCGGGACUUUAGAAACCGAUUGAGGACUGACUUUUUUUAUAAGACACGACCAGUUGGACAGGAUAGUGGUGAAGCUUAUGUGAAGUAUAAAGGCAUUUUGACACAAGAUGUGUGGGAGGAUUUUAUCGCUAGGAGCAUGACUCCGGAGUUUCAG